CCUACUUCCCCAGCCGAUCCGUCCCUGGGACCCCUGGGAUAGGUCGGAAGCUGCCGUGCACGGACACGACAUGAGCCGAGCCUCGACAGUCAGAGUGUCAAGGAGGCAGGGGGAGUGUCUUGUCUUGUCGUCUCGUGUGUGUCCGGUAGUUGUUGGCUUGUCGUUGCAUAAGAUCAUCUCCCGCUCCCAGACGACGCGAGAGGAUACUUAACCAUGGCCGCUAUCGUUCUUCUCGACGGCCCCCAUCUCCUCGUUGGACGACCAACUCCUCCGCCAAAUCGAGUUCUCCGAUCAGAUCAAUCAUGGAUCGAAUGCCAUUCAAGGGCGAAUUCCCAGAGCUGGACGCCGAGACGAGGGUGCCACUCCUCGUGGGCAUAUCCAUCGGCUUCCUCUGCGUUUCCACAGUCGCCGUCCUAUUGCGCCUCUACACUCGCUACAUCGUCGUCAAGUCCCCCGGAUCCGACGACGCAACGAUUGCCAUUGCACAAGUCUUGGCGAUUGGGGUUUCAAUCACUACAAUACUUCAGGCCAAAUAUGGACUGGGCCAUCAUGUAUGGCUGGUCAGCGACGAUGACAAUACCAAGCAGCUGAAGUCAUUCUUUUCAGCCAUAGUCAUAUACAACCUGGCCCAGAUCAUCACCAAGACGUCCUUCCUGCUUCAAUAUCGCCGCAUUUUCGAAGACAAGCUCACCAAACAGGCCUGUCUUGUGCUUAUCAUAGUUCUGGGUAUCUGGGGUGUCGUCCAGGAAGUACUGGUCGGUUUCGCCUGCUUCCCCGUCUCGGUAUUCAUCCCCCGCCAGCAGGGCAUCUGCAUCGAGAGCCUUACCGUCUGGUAUCUCACCUCCAUCAUGAACAUCGUCACCGACUUUAUCGUCUUCACGGUUCCCAUGCCAGCCAUUGCCGCCCUGAAUCUGCAACGCAAGCAGAAACUAUUGGUAGCCUCAGUGCUCUGUCUGGGUUUCUUCACAUGCGCCAUCUCCAUCGUCCGCAUCUUCACCCUCCGCAGCGCCAACGACUCACCCGACCCGACCUGGGACAACGUCCCGUCGGCCUAUUGGUCCAUCGUCGAGCUCAACACCGGCAUCCUGUGCGCGAGCCUGCCGCCCCUGCGGCCGCUGAUCCGCCACCUGUUCCCGGGCCUGUCCUCCUCUUCCUCAUCCUCCCAGAACCCCAACAGCCGCAACCGCCACGCCCACAGCAACAGCAAGGCCGGCGGCGGCGGAUACACCCCGCGGCGAUCCGCCGGCAGCGCCACGCUCGUCGACGGCAGCGAGAAGGGCGUCGAGGCCUACGGCCUGUCCGACGUCGAGUCCGGCGCGGAGGAGGGGUGGUCAGGCUCCGCCGGGAGGGAGGGGUACCGGGUCCGGACCGAGAUCCGGGGCGGGAGAGACGUCAUCAGGAAGACGGCGGACGACGACGGCGACGGCGACGGCGACGAUACUACGAGUUCCGGGUCGUCGUCGUCGGUGGUCGGCGCCGGGGGGAGGAAGAUUAUGGUCACGAGGGAGAUUGGGUUCGAGGAAGGGAGGGGGAGGGAAGUUGGGCGGGGCAGGGGCGAGUUUUGAUUCUUGGUUAUUCGGGUCGCGGGUUUCUUGUAAUGAUUGAGCGUCUGCUGCUUCUGGUUGAAUUGGCCAUUGAUUUCAACACACGCGUCGUGCUGUUCCUCUUUGUUGUUGUUAAGAUAUGGCAAGCUAGGAUAAAAUUUCAUGUAGGAUCAACACUAUAGAAAGAUGCACCUUUAGCUCAUCUUGCUGCCGAUUAGAUGUACCUACUGUAUCAUAUGC